AUCAGCUCCGUCAGUUCGCGCCGUCGCGCCCAAACUGUUUGUAAUAUUUCGUUUAUCGGUGAUAAUAAAGAUCGCGAAAUCAUGAAGCUACUCGUACUCUCCGUCUGCCUGCUGGCGACAGUCAUGAUCACUAGUGCCAAUACUGUAGCCAAUUUGGCUUUGCAUGGCUCUAAGCUAUCACCAGAAGAAGUACAACAAUGUUAUGAGAGCACGAAUUUAAAGGAAGACGAAUUAAUUACAUAUGAUGAGAUAAAGAAUGGCACCUACGUUCAAAACCCUGAAAGGGCGACGAAAAACGGUUGUUUCUCAGCGUGCAUACUAGAGAAGCGAGAGUUGAUUGUUAACGGAGAGAUUCAGAAGGAUAAAUUGUACGCUAAAGAAGCGCAUGCUAAUUUAAAUCACGACGUCCGAGGCGCAAUACACGCAGCUGUUAACCGUUGCGUCGAAGAAGUUAAAACAAAUCCAGAUCUGUGUGAUAAAUCUCUUUCGCUGCUCGUAUGUCUCUCAAAGAAGUUCAUUUAAUUUUGCACAGCUGGUUAAUUCGACUCAGCACAGCUGAGUUGAAUUCUAAAUGUACGAAUAAAUCAUGAGUUACCACAAAUCAUGAUUACAACGUUAAAAGAAAACCGAAGAAACGAAAAAAAAAGGGUACA